GAGCAGGUAUAAAAAAACAAGAUGAGACAUUGGUAAUGCAGUUCAUUUUUGAUAGUCUGAAAUUGUGCACAAUGAAACAUCUGAUCAUUGCGUUCAUCCCAUUCAUUUUGGGUUUGGCACAAGGGAAAGGUCUUUCACUUGUGUGUCCCCCCGAUGCCCCUCUCAUGUACUUUGCGAACCCCUACGAUUGUACACUUUACUACGAAUGCUAUCAAGGAAACUUGUAUGAGAUGGGUUGUGCAAUAGGUCUCGAAUGGAAUCCAACAACUUCGGAGUGUGUUUUACCAUAUUUAUCUGGCUGCACUGCAAAACAGACAAGUGUGGCUCCUCCAGAUGUAACGCCGGAUCCCAGCUGCCCAUAUCCAUCUGACACAAUCACAUACGAUAUUGAUCCAUCCAACUGCCAAAGGUUCUUUGAGUGCUACCAAGGAAAGAGAUACGGGGUAGUAUGUCCUAAUAAUUUGUACUGGAACCACGUAAUGAACUACUGUGAUGAUUUUGAGGAAGUAGACUGCUCUCGAGGAAGAGUAACCACAGUGACACCAACAUAUCCUACAGGUCCAACGCCUCUUCCCACGUGUUUCUAUUCUGAAUCUAGUGUAUACUACUACGAUCCAACUGACUGCAAGAAGGUAUAUGACUGUAACAAAGGCACCUUGUAUUCCGAGACAUGUCCUGAUGGUUUGUACUGGAACCAUAUUCAAAACUACUGCGAUGAUUUCGAUAAUGUAGAUUGCACUCGAGGAGGCGGAACUGUACCGCCACCAACCACUGCAGCUCCAAUAUCAGUUUGCAGUAAUUUGCCUGAUGGAGCCUUAGUUCCUCAUCCAUGGAAUCCAUCGAAGUUCUACGAAUGUGUGAGAGGAAUACCUGUUACUUUCACUUGUGAAGGCAAACAAGUAUUCGAUCCAGUUAAACAUGUUUGUGUGGAUGCUUGAUAUUGUCAUAGUUUUUGGUUCGAAUAAUAAAUAUGUGAUUUGAAGAAA